AAACCAUCAACUGCCCUGGUGGCCUGGCCACGUUCUCCGUGACCGGAAAUAGCGUAUCUCUUUUCGUGGGGGGCGGGUUUGGCUAGCGACCAAAACCUAGCCGCCGCCGCCAAGAGAGCCAUCUUUCCGGCGCCGUUUUCCGGCGGCUCUCCUCCGCCGGCGACCUCUUGGUCGUCGGUCGUGAGGGGGGUCGCCGGAUCCCGUGCAUGCGGAUCGUUUUUGCUUUAGGUUUAGAGCCCUAAUAGCCUAGGUUUUUAGAUUGUCCGACGUCUUGGCUUCGACGGCGGCGACGACGAUGCUGAAUAAAGAAGCUCCAGGUUCUUCUCCGGCGAGGCGAUCGUCUCUUUGCUCGGUGAUGGAUUUGGGAACCAGUCUGUUCAAGCGGGGAUAUCGUGGCGGCGACGGCAUCCUUGUGGUGGACUUGUGUCCUCGGGCUCCGCCGUUGCGACGACGUCUGCUCCAGCGUCGGCGCGGAGCUUGGGAGGUAGUUCGGGAGCAGAUGCAGAUUGUGAUCUGCAUCGACGACAUCUGGAAGACAGAACGUGUGCUGAGUUCGUGGUUGAUGGAUGGCAGGUAUGGUUUCCUACUUCGGCGUCUUAGUCGUUGUGGAGUCUCAGAUCUGGAGUUCGAUAGCGUGUCCGGGGUGUUGCCCCGGUCUGAUUCGUUCAACGGCAAUGGCUUCAUCUUUGGUGAGCCACCUUGGAGGUCCGCAAAGCUGCAUAUCAGCGAUGGAGCCGCGUCGAGCUCGGGUGAGGAGGUGAUCCGUCAUUUUUUUCUUUGGUGGCUCCUGUGGUGGUGCCGGAGGCAAGUGACGGACGAUGGUGUCAAGCUUAGCAAUGUUCUGCUAUCUUUUCAGUUUUGUCAUGUCGGUCUUUACGUGACUUGUAAUUUGAUCUUUAUGAUAUGAAUGAGACAUGUAUUACCAUGCAAAAAAAAAAAAACCAUCAACUGCCCAGAAAAAUAAGUAUUCUGUGUAUUUGGUUCUCUCUAUAAUAGCCGGAGUUACUGGUGUCUGUAAGUUGUACAGAAGAAUUGUGGUUUGUUCUGUCAUCUUGCUAAAAUUGUCAUAAUUCAUUACAAGACUAGUUCCAUGGCAACUGCAAAUGUAAUAAAAUUUGUCAUGUUUAUUAUUAGAAUUAUGAUCUGGCAGAUUCCCACAUCUAAUGCAGUUCUCUAAUCCCACUUGCAAGUGCCAGGGAGGAAAAAAGAACUAAUCAAUAUCUCGUCCACGAGCCAAAUUGUUUUUUCAGUGAAGAGAUAUUAUACCAAUCCAAUAUUAUGUGUUGGGUCUUUAAUGCCUUCUUUAACAUAGUGCAUAGCUGCGGAAGUGACAUCUAAUUAUCUUCAGCAUCUAUGGCAGGUUGAUCUUAACGGAGGCUCGUAUCAUAAAUCAUGUUUCCGUUGCACCCAUGGUGGUUGUACACUCAGCCCAUCCAACAAUGUCACACAUGAAGGCAAACUUUAUUGCAAGACCCACCAUUCUCAGUUGUUUAUGGUCAAGGGAAACUUCAGUCAGUUCGAGGAAAACACUGUAAAUGCAAAAGUGGCUGUCGAGAAACAACCAGAAACUGGAGAAGCCACUGACAAGCCAGGUCAAGGUGACGAAGUCAGUGAGAAGACCACAGAAAAUGAGCUCACAACUGAUGAACCAUCCCAAAAUGAUGUUGCAGCUGAAAAACAAUUGCAAAGUAGCAUUGAUGUUGCUAAACCGUCGGAAAGCACAGUCGAGAAGUCAGCAGAAAGUGAAAGUGUUACUGAGAGUGAGUCAAAGAGUCCUGGAGUUAACAAUAAGCCAUCAGAAAGCAGUGCCGAGAAGCCACUGCAGAGCAGUGUGGUUGAUACUAAGCCACCAGGAAGCAGUGCGGCCAUAAGAAAACCAUGGCAACGCAGUCUUCCCACAAAUAAGCCGUCAGUGAUUAGUGCAUCCACUGAAAAGCCAUCACCGAGCGAUGCGGCCAUUGAGAAGCCGUCGUCCAGUAAUGGGACUAAUGGGAAACCGUCGGACAGCAGCACAGGGGUAAAAAAGUCAUGGCAGCGCAGUGUAGCUACUGAGAACCCACAGCAGAGCAUGUUACCAUCGGAUAAGCCAGCAUCAACCAGUGCAGAUAAUGUGAAGCCAUCAGAAAGCGGCAAAGUGGCCAAAAAAACAUGGCAACGCCCUGUGGUUGCUGAGAACCAGAAACAAAACAGUGGACCAACUGAGAAGCCGUCACCGACGAGUGAUACAAAGCCAUUAGAUAGCAGCACAGCAAUUAAAAGGCCAUGGGGCCGCAGAAUAGCCAGUGAGAAAUCUCUUCAGAGUAGUGAGGUUGAUAUGAAACCAGUGGAAACCAGUACAGUGGUCACUGUUCUACAGCAGCCCAGUGAGGAACCUCUACAAACCAAUGCAGCUGUGCUACAGCAGCCCAGUGAGGAACCUCAACAAACUAAUGCAGCUGUGCUAAAGCAGCCCAGUGAGGAACCUCAACAAACUAAUGCAGAUGAUGUGAAGCCUUCGGAGGACACUGGAGCAGUAGUGAAAAAGCCAUGGCAAUUCAACACGAGAACCGAGAAGCAACCCCAGAGUAGUGUAGUCGAUGCAAAGAAAACUGAAAGUACUGGAGCGAUCAAACGGCAGUGGAAGCGCAACACGCCAUUUGAGAAGCCAUCACAAAGCAGUGCAGCAGCAGCUGUGACAACGACACAAAGCAAUGUGACCGUCACCAAGCCAGCCCCGAGCAACAUGGCUGUGAAGAAGUCAUGGCAAAGAAGUACAACUCCAAAAAAUCUGGCAGCGAGUGAUAUGGCUACCAAUAAAGCAUUGCAAACCAAGGCAGUGAUCGAGAAGCCAUCACAAGAAAGUUCUCAAGAGAAACCAUUACAAGAAAAGGCACCUCAAAUCACUGUGAUCACCGAGAAGCUAUCGGAAGAAACUUCUCAAGAGAAGCCAUCUCAAGAAAAGGCACCUCAAACUGCUGCGAUCAUCGAGAAGCCAUCACAAGAAAGUUCUCAAGAGAAGCCAUCUAAAGCAAAGACACCUCAAAUUGCUGCAACCGCCGAGAAGCCAUCACAAGAAAGUUCUCAAGAAAAGGCAUUACAAAUGAAUGAAUCUUCCAAGGAGCAACUUCAGACUGAAGAGACUAUUGAGAAACAACUUCAAAGUGAAGAUAUUGCUGAUGCUACACCACAAAGGGACCUGAUGACACAAGAUGAUGUCUCUCUCAAGAAGAUACCAGAGCCUGAAAUUGAUGCCUCUUCUGACAAGCCUACGAAGGAUCCAUCAGAGCAAGAAGGGGCUGCAUCUGGUGAGAACUUGUCAGAGUCUCAAAGUAAGCUAACUGUUGAACAGACGUUGGAAUCCCAAGACGCUGUGGUUCCUCGAGAGGCAACUGACCAGAUAAUGGAAGCUAAAAAUGAUGCAGGCAUUGAGCGGUCAUCAGAAUCUCAAAGUGUUGCACCGGCAGAGGUUCCAGUGGAGCAACCAUUGCAACAACAAAAAGAUGCAUCUACAGAGCAGGCAUUGGAAUCUCAGCAUGAAGCAGAUGACAAGGAUCAAACAGAGCCUAGUAGUGAUGCAAUUGCUAAGGAGUCAUUGCAGCUUGAAUUUGACACAGCUGCCGUGAAGUCAUCAGAACCACAAACAGAUGCAGCUGCUGAUCAGUCGGCUGAGCAGCUACCAGAACCUCAAAGUGACGCAUCAGUGGAGGAACCAGUAGUCCAUCAAGGCGACGUGUCUACUGAGAAGCUAUCUGAGUCUCAAGGUGAUGCAGCUGCUGUUGAAUCAUCAGGACAGCCAUCAGAGCCUGAGAAGUCGUCGGAACCUCAAAUGGAUGCAGCUCCUCAUAAUUUAACUGAUCAGCCAUUGGAACCUCAAAAGGAUGUAUCUAUUGAGAAGCCACUCGAAACCGAGACUAACGUUGUUGCUGAUAAUCCAUCAGAAAGCAGCUUAGCUACUGAAAGCACUCUAAAGAUCAGCACUACCACCGAGGAACCUGCACAACGUGAAAUUUCUGAUGAGACACUGCCUCAAAGCAUUGCAUUAGAUACAACACCAGAAAGCACCACAUCUGUCGAAGAACCCACAGAUGUCGGUGAGGCCAUUGUUGAGAUAUCAGAGGACAGCUCAGCUCCUGAGAAGCCAUCGGAGGAUGCUGUAACUCCUGAGGAGCCAUCAGAUGUAGGUAAGACAACUUUGGAACCAGCAGGAGACAAUGCGGCUGUUGAGAAACCAUCAGAGGAAGUUGAGGUGGGUACUGAUCCAUCAAACAACCUAGUGGAUCUCGAGAAGCCAUCAGAGAAAGAAGACGACUCUGUGAAGCCAGUAGAGGACAGUGUGGCUCUUGAGAAGCCAACCACCGACAAACCCUGGGAGGAAGAUAAGGUGAGUGCUGAACCAUCAAACGACAGAGUGGAUCUUGAUAAGCCAUCGGAGAAAGAAGCUGACACUGUCAAGCCAUCAGAGGACAGCAUGGCUCUUGAGGAGCCAGUCACCGACAAACCAUCAGAGGAAGACGAAGCCAGUGCUGAGCCAUCAAACGACAGAAUAGAUGCCGAGAAACCAUCGGAGGAGAAAGAAGAGGACACUGUGAAGUCAUCAGAGGAUAGCACGGCUGUCGAGAAGCCAGCCACUGACAAACCUUCAGAGGAAGAGGGAGAAGGCGCAGCCAGCGAGAAGCCGUCGCAUGACGAUGCUGUCAUCGAGGCACCAUCGCACGAGGACAUGGACUCGGCCACCGACAAACCCUUGCCUGCCACAGAGAAGAACAUAUCACCCUGAGCUCACCGGGACAAUGGUUAGCCGGGCACAGUCACUGCGCAUCAGUAAACAGUUUUUAACCGGGAGAAGGAUCAAUACUACCGUUGAUAGUUUUGCGUGCCAUUUUGCUUGUUUUUGUCUGUGCAAUGCUUGAAUUGUAAAAUUUGAGGGGGAAAAGGAGAGAAGGAUAGGGUAUUUACUUGGUUCACUCACCCACAAGCAAUAAGCCCCUCCCCACAUUAGGAGGAGGGCAGCAUUGUGGUCUUUUACCUUUUGACAACAGAUAUUUCUGUUGGUGUGGUUUGGUUUGUUGCUCAGAUUUUUGUUGUAUAUCAGAUGAUGUACAUGAUGGUUUGGUUCAGAUUUGUUUGUGCUUGCUGAA